ACUAUGGACAUGCUCAGGUGGACGUUAUGUGUCCCGCCAUAUUUGUCGGUCUUACAUAUGCCGGUAGCCUGAAUUCGCCGAGAAAUUAGGACCGCCCUCAGAGUGCGAUUGACACUUAUCCACCUGUACUCUCAGCAUCUUUGCUCGAGCGUGACGGUUUGUUCUCAAAUUAUUAUUUGCGAAUACCACAAUAUCGCUCAAGAUAUUAGAAACGCAGGGUGAAGCCUGAAGGAUGGAAGGGGAGAACUUCAAAACACUUGGGACAAUUGGUGACUAUGAAAUUGGUGCUAAAUGGCAGUGGAAAUUCAGUGCAGGCACAAUCCAGACAUUUUACCUGAAAACCUUGCUGUGCAUUUCACUGGUAUUAAUGGCAAGUACUUGUAUAUUUUUUGGGCUACAGUCCUCCAGAUUAUUGGACAGAGAAGCAGAACUUCAUCAGAUCAGCUUAACAAUCCUGAAACUCCAGUCUGAAGUACAGUUGGAGUUGAAAGAAAUCAGAAAACUCAAGGCAGAACUGUCUGUUGAAUCAAGCACAAGAGAAAGUGAUGAAGAGGACAGCCCUGUUAUCCGGGAAAAAAGGAGUAUUUCCAAAGGGAGUUACAACAGUAAGGAUACAAAGCCUUCAAAGGCAAAGAAGAACUCUACGACUGACAAAAAAUACCAUCCUAACUACAACACUAAAAAUGCACCACCUAAGGUUACUGCCAUCCAUCUGGAACGGAACGUGACCUUUUCGGUCACGGGUUCGAAUGGCAUCAUUAAUCGAUGGCAUCCACAGUGGCUCCCGUCCGGGUUGGAAAGCUUUGAAUUAGAAGACCACAAUUCCAGUUUAGUUAUUCCGAGUACUGGAUUGUACCUUAUCUAUGCCCAGCUUUGCUACGCAGCAACAAAAGAUAACAAUAGUUAUGAGGUACGGGUGAUUAACCAAGGAGCCGCCAGUUCCCAUUCAAAGAUCAUAGCACAAUGUAGUGCUGGAACAACGAUUUUAGACAAUGAUAUUACGUGCUAUACGUCAGUUGCUCAAAUUCUACAAGCUAACGACAGAGUGUACCUGCAACAAAUACAAAAACAUCGACACUUAUUAAUGAGCAUGGGUCGAAGCUUUUUGGGAAUCGUGAAGUUGUCGUAAAUAAUUGCCAUUUUAUUUGAUUUUGAACUAAUGAAAGUUUUUGAAUUUGUGGUGACUUUAAUUCAUCGUUCGCAGCAAAUGCAGAAAAUAGAAAAAAAUGUGAUAAAAGCUGUCGAUUAUGUUUUGUGCCAUAAUAAAUCAAGGGAUUUCAAAUAAAAAUACAACCUUCUAACUGUU